UUCUGCAGCUGCAUUGGAAAAUUUUAUAUUAAUUACAGUGUGACAAUUAGAGUUACUGAGUGCAGAGAGGGGCAUCCCUGACAUCCUCCAGAGUCGCUCUGGUGAUACAGCUCCAGCUUUCUAUAACUGAGUCUGCUCUUUAUCUGACUACUGGUGAGCCAUCUCUACUUGAACCAGUAACAAAGAACUGUAGGUAUGGCUGAAGAUGGGUAUCCCUCUGUGUAUGUGGUGGACAGCCAUGCCACUCGGCCUCCAGUACCAAUGAGGCAGAACCAGGUGCAAAGGAGACACGGGGUGGCUCAGACCCUGCUGUUCCUGCUGGUGAGCUUGGCGUUAUGCGGGAUGGCCGUAGAAGCGUGCUUGAUCUACCAUCUUUAUCAGUCUGAAUCUGCCACCUCUGCAUCGUCGUCUAAGCUUAUUGGAGGUGAAGCUGUUACUUAUCAGCCCAGUGAAGCUGUUACUUAUCAGCCCGGUGAUGUUUCUCCUUCCAAACCAGUUGCACAUCUGACAGAUGGACAAGAUGUAGUUCAUGGAAAAGAAAUCAUGGCAUGGAGCAUGGUUGCUGAUCCUCUCCUUUAUGAAAUUGACUACAAAGACGGAAAUCUUGUCAUUCAGAAAGAGGGUUAUUACUAUGUCUAUUCCAAGGUUUUCUUCUUUGACAGUGAUAAAUUUAACCACUAUAUUAAUGUGAAAAGUAAAUUGUACCCUGGGGGAUACAUUCCUCUCCUGCAGGCUCAAAAAUACUCACAACAUUCCAACACAGUGCGAUCCAACAGUUACCUGGGUGGAGUGUUUCACUUCUACAAAGACGAUGCCAUUUUUGUGAAAGUGAGCAGUACCUCAAAACUUGACAGACAUAAAUCCUUUGAAAACACCUUUGGAGCAUUUAUGAUAUAAAUCUAACAUUUCACCAUUAAUCUAAAGGUAUGGUUUCAGAAUAUAUAAACAUGGAUGAACCUUGUGGAGGGGUAAUGAUUCACUUUGUAAUGUAAAAGCAGGUCCAUAACUGGAAAGAGAGGCAGGUUAGAAAACCUCUCUGUGCCUUGAAGUGCUGGUGGCUUUUUUACUGAGGGUGAAAACUGCUUUCAGAUUAUGUUUGACAAUGUAACACAAUUCUUUUUCACAUCAGGGACUUUUUAUUGUAUAUACUUACUUGUGUACUUACUUUAAAAUUCUUUUUACUCUCGCUGUAACACUUGCUGCAGAUAAUUUAUUCUUUCAGUAGUAGAAUGAACAACAUAACUGCUUUUAUUCUGCUAUAUUAAUGUACAAUUUUGUAUGCAAAAAAGUGAAAUAAACA